UUCUCUGCAUCGCCACACCAUUACCGCCACCAUGAACGCUAUACUUGUAUUAGCCAUUCUCAGCCUGGCAAUGCCUAUUUAUGGCGAAGAAACACAAGUAGAAAAGAAACAGGAGAAGAGGGGUAUCUUAGGAUUGGGUUACGGAGGAUAUGGAGGAUAUGGUGGAUUAGGAAACUCUCUGAUUGCGGGAUCGGCUUAUGGAGGUUAUGCCCUUUCGAUUUCAGGUCACGGACAAGGUUAUCUCGGUGGUAUUUCUCCGGCGGCAAUUGCCUUCUCAGGUCACGGCAUUUCCGCACCCGCCUACAGCAGCGUGCCCAUAGCAUCUCAUGGAUAUAACGCUCCUCUGGCUUAUCGUAUUGGUUAUUCUGGUGGGUACGGUGGUGCGAAUCUAGGAGGACUCGGACACGGUGCCGCAGGAGCCGCAGGUGCCGCAGGAGCCACAGGUGCCGCAGGAGCCGCAGGAGCCGCAUAUGGCACCGGAUUGGGAUACGGCGCGAGGGGUGGUCUUGGACACGGUGCGGGACUCGGAUAUGGUGCUGGACUUGGAUAUGGCGCGGGAUUGGGACACGGUGCUGGACUCGGUCAUGCUGGUCUAGGUGCCGGUUACGGUACCGGUUACGGUGCCGGUUACGGUCACGGAUGGUGAAGACACGGCGCCUGAUCAAUUAUCUGACACACGUUGUGUCGCGAAACGUCCAUGAAACGUCCUUCAAUUUCUCUUGUCAACUUUAUCCUAAUUGGCCUUACUAUUCUCAAGUUUUAUAUCGUGCGACUUCCAAAUAAAUUUUAUAUUUUUUAGUAA